AUGCUGAAGACAGCAGUGUUAUUGUUGCUCGUGGUGGCCGCUGCCUGCAGCGCUGCGCCCCCAGCGAGGGCUCGCAGGUUCAGGACUCCCCACCAGGGCCGCAUCGUGGGCGGCGGCCCGGUGGACAUCUCGCAGUUCCCGUGGCAGAUCUCGCUGGAGUACAGGAACGAGCAUUACUGUGGCGGCUCCAUAAUCAGCUCCGAGUGGGUGCUGACUGCGGCACACUGUGGCGACCAUAAUGCGCAGUAUUACGUACUGAGGGCGGGCACUUCCUUACGUGAGUCGGGAGGCACCGUUUACGACGUCACUACUGUGAUCGUACACGACAGAUUCAGUUGGUCAACAGGAGAUUACGAUAUCGGAGUGCUAGCCAUCGACGGAUCCUUCACGUUUGGUGACAAUGUUCAGGCGAUCACUCUUGGGACGACGGAACCCGACGUUGGCACGUCGGUAAACAUCAGCGGCUGGGGGGACCUGCAGUACGCAGGGUCGCCGCCGGUACUACUGCACGCCGUCACCACAGUGCUCAUUGACAGGGCCACGUGUGACGAGACGUGGGGUGACAUCACGUAUAACGAGCUGUGCACCGGAGGAGAACACAAGGGCGCUUGCAACGGGGACAGCGGCGGAGCCCUGGUGGUGGGCUCCACGCAGUACGGUAUCUUCUCGCGAACGAGCUGCUCUCGGAGUGGAACUCCUGAUGUGUACACCAGCGUCCCAGCCCUGCGAUCCUGGAUCACUGAAAACACCGGCAUCUGA